CUACAGAAAUCUUCUCUUAUAAUAGAUUGGAUACCCUAAUGAGUGUAUGAAAGUUUUCGCUGUCCGUAUCAUUCUCCAAAAACCAUGGAAUCAAAAGCAAUAAACCUGGGAAAUUCCCUGCUUGUGCCUUGCGUUCAGGAGUUGGCAAGAGAUAAGUCCUUAACAACAAUCCCACCUAGAUACAUCCGUCCUAACCAUCAGCAGCCUAUUGCUUCAGAUGCGGGGACUGAAAUCCCUGUCAUCGAUAUGCAGAGCUUGCUGUCUCAAGGAUCAAUGGAAGUAGAAUUAGCCAAACUUGACUUUGCUUGUAGAGAAUGGGGAUUCUUCUAGGUACACCUUUAUAUACUCAUACUAAUUUAUUUUUUUUUAUUUUGAUUGCAUAAUGAGAGAUAAUUAUUUUUCAUCCAUAAUCCUACCUCACCCGCAUAUUCAGGAUCUCUUAUUUUUAAUGAAAAGAGAUAACUACU